UUUUUUGGUUUCUCUCGCGGGUGUUGUUAUCAUAACGAACCGAACCGGUACCGACAAAAAAACCCCUUUCUUCCUUUCUUUCUUUCCGAUGUAAUUCUCGACUACAAAACCCUAGCUUCCUCUUUCCGGUACGUCAAUUUUCUCUCUGUUUAUACAAAACUGAAAUCACUCUAACUGAAGGGGCGAUUGCAUCUUUUACGCACAUACAUACAGUUAGUUCUGCACUCAAUCUCUAAACCUAACAUUCAGGUACGUAUUUUUCUGCAAUCAGCUUCAGUAUAAUUAGUGAAAAUUUUGGAUUAGUUCACAACAAAUUGCUAAUUACAAGUGUAGUGUUGCAAUUAUCAGGCUUCUAUGCAGCUGACCAUAGGCGUUUGUUUAGAUAAUCUCUUAAUCCAUAUGAUUGUUUUUCACAUAUAAGCAAGUAAAGCCGCCUCUUACAAACCCUAACUUUGACCCAGAUGCGAUUGGUUAAUUUAUGAGUACAAAUCAUAUCAAGAUUUAUGAUAUAAUUAAAUGGCGACAAAACCGUUAAACAACAUCUGGAUUCGACGGCAGCAAUGCCCAUGUGGAGACUGGAAAUGCUACAUUAAAUACCAAGGAGAUGAUCAAACAACUGUCCGGUCUGAAUUGGUAACCCGUGAUAGCGCCACAUCAUCAUCGGACACGAUUUUCACCCCAUAUGUCGGUCAGAUAUUCAAAACGGAUGACGAAGCUUUCGACUACUACUGUAACUUUGCUCGAAAGAACGGGUUUUCUGUCAGGAAGGCUCGGUCAACAGAAAGUCAGAAUCUUGGGGUUUACAGGAGGGACUUUGUUUGUUAUCGGUCCGGGUUUAACCAGCCAAGAAAAAAGGCGAAUGUGGAACACCCGAGAGAUAGAAAAUCGGUACGAUGCGGUUGUGAUGCCAAAUUGUAUUUAACGAAAGAAGUUGUUGACGGCGAAUCACAAUGGUAUGUUUCGCAAUUUAGUAACGUUCAUAAUCAUGAAUUAUUAGAAGACGAUCAAGUGCGUCUCCUACCCGCGUACAGAAAAAUUCAAGAAUCCGAUCAAGAACGCAUUCUUUUACUCACGAAAGCUGGAUUUCCCGUUAACCGGAUACUUAAAGUUCUAGAAUUAGAAAAAGGGGUCCAACCGGGACAAUUACCGUUCAUAGAAAAAGACGUUAGAAACUUCGUGAGAACAUGCAAAAAAACCGUUCAAGAAAACGACGCUUUACUUACCCAAAAACGGGAAAUCGAUAUGCUGGCACUUCUCGAAACUUGUCGAGUCGCCACACAACGGGACGAUGGAUUUACGUAUAAUUACACCACAGAUGAAAACGGUAAGAUUGAAAACGUUUCGUGGGCGUACGGGGAUUCUAUUCGGGCUUUUUCCGUUUUCGGAGAUGUGGUUACCUUCGAAACGACGUAUCGGUCCAUCACCUACAACAUGCUUCUUGGUGUGUGGUUCGGUAUUGAUAAUCAGGGCCGCGCGUUUUUGCUCGGGUGCGUUUUGCUUCAAGACGAAACUUCUCAGUCUUUUUCGUGGGCCCUACAAGCUUUCAUCCAGUUCUUGAGAGGGAAUCACCCGCAAACAAUCGUAACAGAUAUAGAUUCGGGCCUUAGAAACGCUAUUGCCACCGAGUUACCAAACACGAAACACGUGAUAUGCGUAUGGCAUGUGUUAUCUAAAUUAUCGAGCUGGUUUUCGUUGUCACUUGGAUUGCAAUAUCCCGAGUUCAAAACCGAGUUUGAGUUGGUGUGUCAUCUUGAAAACAUAGAGGAUUUUGAGAACCAAUGGAAUCACCUCAUGGCCCGAUUCGGAAUCGAGUCCGAUAAACACGUCUCGCUUCUGUUUUCUUAUCGGGCUUUCUGGCCCGUUGCGUAUAUCCGAGGCUACUUUCUUGCGCGUACGAUGACAAUAGACUACAUGAAAUCGGUCGAUAAAUUCAUGAAGAAUAUCUUGAGUCCACAUUCAUCUUUCAAGAAUUUUUUUGAACAGGUAAGUGUAGCUGCAAGUGUUGCGUUUCAAAACAAAGACCGGGUACCGAAUUUACCCUUAAAGACGUGUUUACCCCUGGAAGAACACGCGCGCAGUAUACUUUCACCUUACGCGUUCAACGCUCUACAACAAGAACUCGUGCUAUGCAUGCAAUACGCAGCAACCGAUAUGGCAAACGGGUCGUUUCUUGUGAGACAUUAUAACAAACUGGAAGGAGAGUGUUUGGUAAUUUGGAUACCGGAUAACGAACAAGUUCAUUGUUCUUGUAAAGAAUAUGAACACUCGGGUAUUUUAUGCCGGCAUUCUCUUCGGGUACUUGUACUCAAAAACUAUUUUCAAAUCCCUGAAAAGUAUUUUCCGCUGAGGUGGCGACUCGAUAGUUCUUUAGUCAUCUCCGAUGAUCAAAUAACGCCACAAGAUAACGCUGAUGAGUGUUCUGAGGCCUUUCAUUCACUCACUUCAACGUUAUAUUCCGAAUCGUUGAUCUCGAAAGAGCGAUUUAACUAUGUUCAUAGAGAAUUGACACAGGUUGUUGAAAUUGUUAGAAAUAUGCCUGUUUUUGAUGAAGUUACUCUGGAUUUGGCACCUAAUAAUGUUAGUGAGUUGUAGGUGUUUGAUUUAUUGUGUAUCCUUCUGAUGUUCUUGUAAUAUUUAUUGGGCAAUGUUUUAUAUAUAUAAUUAAUAAUAAUAAUAAUA